AUGCGCGUCAAAGUGCUUUGCGACGAUUACAAGCUCAACCUUCGCCCUCACCAAAUCGAUGGUCCUUCAGGUCCACGCGAAUAUCUGGAUUGGAACGUCGCCGUCAGACAAUGGCGCCGCGAACAACACGAAAGAGUUCGCAACGAACGCGGUACCACGGGGUACGACGUGGCCGCUCUUAAGUGGAGCCAAUCGAGCUAUGUCCAGCCUCAGGUGAUGGCCAAUGAUCGCUUCUUAUACGAUUGCCACACCAACCGGUACACCGUAGAUCGGUUCCUCAGAGACAUCCAUGACCGAUACGGUGAUAUCGACUCCAUCGUGGUUUGGCCUCCUUUUCCAAAUCUUGGAUGCGACAGUCGUAACACUGAAGACUUUUUCCGCUGUCUUCCAGGAGGUCCCGCAGGCGUGAGAAGCAUGAUUGAGGAGUUCCACGAACGUGGAAUUAAAGUUCUUUUGCCGAUGCUGCCUUGGGACAAUGGCACGCGAGAUCCCAAAGUAUCGUGGAGCUAUAUUCUGCCUCGACUCUUUAAGGAAUGCAACGCUGAUGGUAUUUCCAGCGAUGUCGCUUUCUUUACGCAAGAUUAUUGGUUGAACGCUAUUGCUAUUGGCCAUCCUCUUGUCCUUCAGUCAACGGCUGACGCCGAAGACUCUGUGAAUCGUUCCCCCAUUUCGGAUGAAAAUGUGAUCAUGCGCUGGAACACCAUGGAUAUGGCUAAAUAUGACACUAAGCUACGCAUUCCGACCGUGGCAUCUCGCAAGUAUCUGGAAUCGAGACACAUGACCCAUUCCAGCGAUAAAUGGUCUCGCAACAAGACCGAUCUUAUUCAACACGCUUUCUUCAACGGUAUUGGUGUCGAAACCUGGGAAAAUAUCUUUGGUACCUGGAAUCAGAUCAGCCCACGCGAUGGUGAAGCGCUGCGCCGCACCUCCAAGAUCAUGCGAUGCUUCGGCCCAACUUUCUUUGCAAACCCCGACUGGGAGCCGCAUACGCCAUGCAUUCAGUGGAAAUGCGUUUUUGGCAGCCGAUGGGUCUCGUCGACGACCGCCAACCAAGUGCUGUGGACCUUUGUCAACCGUAGCCCUCUUCCCGCCGUCGGUCAUCAGAUCGUUGUAGGUUACCAAAUUGGCUGGCAAUUCUACGACGUGUGGCGUGGCGAGGAAAUCUUCCCCACCAACAUUGUCGACGGUUUGGCGACUUUGAGUUUCGAUAUUGAACCACGCGGUUACGGAUGCAUCUUUGCCACUCCGGACAUUGCCCAACUCCCCGAUGGUGUCAACGACUUGUUGUUCUUUAUGCGUCGCCGUUCCAAGAUCCCCUUGUACCGUUAUCCCAUCUCGAACUCGGUCUUGUGGCAAGAAAUUGACGAAAUCCAGGUGUCCCCGGUUGCUAACGAAACACCUCUGGGAAUGGUUCGCAUCGAUGGUGAUCUCUACAAUUUCACAGUCUCUGGCCGAGGCGCUCAUCCACCAGGACUUGAAUAUCCAGGCGCUGACAUCAAAUAUCCUUGGGAAUACGAGGCAUCCCGCGUGCAUGCCACUUAUCAGAUGAAAAUCCGCCCAUUUUUCAUGGACGCUUACCCUGUCACAGAGGAGCAGUUCAAAGAAUUCCUGGAUGCUACGCAUUAUCAGCCUGCUGAUUCUACAAAUUUCCUGAAACACUGGAUUGAAGGAUGUUACCCCGUUGGCUCUGCAAAGAAACCCGUGGUUCAUGUUUCUCUUGAAGACGCACGUGCCUAUGCUGCCUGGGCAGGCAAACGCUUACCACAUGAGUGGGAAUGGCAAUAUGUCGCUCAAGCUGGCGUUGAAUAUCGCACUUAUCCGUGGGGUGAUCACUGGGAUGAUUCCAAGGUCCCCAUUCCUUACAGUGGUCGUGGCCGGCUUUAUCCAGACCACGCUCCCGCCGACGUAGAUGCAUAUCCACAGGGCCGAUCACUUUUCGGAGUCUACGACCUUGUGGGCAAUGUAUGGCAGUGGACCGAUGUUUACUUGGACGAACAUACACGUGCAGCUAUUAUUCGUGGUGGCUCGUACUACAAACCACAACACAGCGAUCGCUACUUCCCCCAGGCCUAUAAAAAUACUGAGCAUGGCAAGUAUCUGUUGAUGGCACCUUCCAUUGAUCGAUCGGCUACGAUUGGUUUCCGAUGCGUGAAAGAUACCCCGGCCAGUGCUGCUGUCUUCGGCAAUUGCCCUUGGUAUGGCCAAGACUAUUAA